CCCGCGAUAUAUUUUAUCGCGAGAACUGAAUUAUCCCACGCGUUACAGCUUUAUUUUUAAUGUCUUGGAUCCUUUGCCGGUUCAAUUGUUCAUCUAGUUGGCGUAGUGACCGAUUACAGGUAGCUGUUGAACGUAGUCACCUUCGCCGAAACGAGGGGUAACGGCGUUGCCUUCCAUUGAUCUGGACGACCUUCCACAUGGAGUUUAUUGUUGUAGGUUAAGGGUCUGAUAAUGACAGGGUUAUAUCGUGACGGCAAGUGCACAUCGUUUCCCUAUGCAUGCGAUCGUGGAUCGACCCAUGAAGAAGAAAACGAGCGGCCGAAUGACCGUAUAAAGGUAUGAACACGUGUUUCAGAAUUAACACUACAGUCGUAUUGGUGUCUCGGUCGUGUGUGGUUGUCUGAAUAAACGUGCUGUGUGGUGGACUGGAAACCUGCCCAGGAUGUCCCCACCUCUCCCUCCCACAAAUGAGAGAAUAUGAACAUGACAUGUUUGUAUUUAUACCUAACACUGUAAAUCUGGGAAUGUCCAUUGGCUUUGUUGAAAUAUUGAAUCGACCACCACCAACAAUUUAUUUGAUGCUGUUUUUCAAAAGUCUGCGAUGGAUAAGAAUUAAUGACUAAGCCUGUUUUCUGGACUGUUGCGUUACACAGUCAAUCAUUACUCACAGGGUACACAACUCCAUUUAGUCCAAGUUCAGGUUUUUGGUACACCGACCGCUCGACUGGAGCGCUCUCAUUUCCACAGGCUUUAUAUCCCAUUCAACACAUUCACAGGCACUUUCUUCUCUGACCAUGGCACGUGUUCUCUCGCUUCUACGACAUCGGCCGGUCCUCACUUUUAUGGGGAACCUGCACCCUCAACUUUGCGAAAUGUCACUGGACUGUCGGGCCAGAGACGUGUUUGCAGCAGCAGUGGAGGCCGUGCAGCCCGACAUUGUGGUCAGGCAGAGUGUGCAGCGCAAAGACGACAGCGUCAUAAUCGACGGCCACACAUUUUUGCUCAAGCACAACCUGCACUUGGUGGGUUUUGGAAAAGCUGUGCUGGGAAUGGCGAAGGAGGCAGAGAGAAUUAUUGGCGAGCAUUUGGUCAGAGGAGUGAUUAGCGUUCCACAUGGGAUCCAGCAGACACUGAAGCAGCAUGGAAAACAGCAUUUGUUGUUGAAAGAAAACAGUCGCAUUGAAGUGAUGGAGGGAGCCAGACACAAUCUGCCUGACGCCGACGCACAACAGGCGGCAAGCAUGAUCAAAGAGCUGGCGAGUAAACUCACCGAGGGAGACUUGCUGCUGGUGCUUAUUUCAGGUGGAGGGUCUGCACUGUUGCCCGCUCCGAAACCACCCAUCACACUGCAGGAGAAGCAUGACGUUACCAGAAAGCUUGCAGCCGCUGGCGCCACCAUCCAGGAGUUGAACACUGUGCGCCGAGCUCUCUCGCUGUUAAAGGGUGGAGGACUUGCUCGAAGUGCUUAUCCUGCUCAGGUAAUUGCUCUGAUACUUUCUGAUGUCAUCGGGGACCCUCUUGACCUGAUCGCCAGUGGACCCACAGUGUACAGUGACAUUUGGCCCGAGGAAGUUCUGUCAGUGCUGGACCGGUACAAGGUACUGGAGUGCGCUCCUGCCUCUGUAAAGGAUGUUCUUGGAAAGCUGAAGACGCCCCGUGCGGGGAGCAAAGAUUCAGUGAAUCAGACGGAUCAUGUUCUCAAUGCUGUGAUAGGUUCUAACAGCGUAGCCCUCCAGAGUGCUGGGCAGCGUGCUGGGGAACUGGGUUUCCAGUCCGUGGUGCUAUCACCAGGAGUGUGUGGAGAUGUGAGGUCUGUGGCACGUCUCUACGGCCUCCUGUCGCGAUUUGCAUGCUCCCCAGAGGAACCAGCACCGGAGAUUGCAGCGGAACUUCUAAGGCUGGGACCUGAGGUCGGAGUGGAGAGUUGGGAUUUGUGCCGGACCAUGCAGGUUCUGGAGACAUGGCGUACCGAGGAAUGUCAGCCAAUGUGCCUGCUGGCAGGUGGUGAACCCACAGUAGAGCUAGUGGGUAAAGGCGUGGGAGGUCGCAAUCAGGAACUGGCCUUGAGAGUGGGUUUGGAGCUUCGAGACGUGCCGCACAGCCCGGUCUUUCUUAGCGGUGGAACUGAUGGUCAGGAUGGACCCACCGAGGCAGCUGGAGCAGUCACUGACGGAGGAUUGUGUGAAGAGGCCAGGGCUCAGGAACUGGAUGUCAACACAUUCUUAGCUGACAACGAUUCCUUCACUUUCUUUUCGCGUCUCUCUGCAGGUCAGCGUUUGCUGCUGCCUGGUUUAACCUGCACAAAUGUGAUGGAUGUUCAAAUACUGCUCAUUCCACCCAGACCCAUUCAGAUCAAAUAAGAUGCUUGAAAUUAGCAUCACCUCUGUUGACAUGUGAAUAAAAUUCAUCUACC